AUGUGGGGUGGAUUCGGUGCAUCGACACCUUUGGCAUCGUCCCUUCGGCUGGGCGUCAGGUUCCUCCUGCAUAAGUCAGGAGCACUCGAUAACCCGGCGUCGGGUUCUUCCUCCUGCAGGAAAGCGCCUCGAUUCGGGGGCGUCCCCUGGCCCAGCGACCGUGUUGAAGCAGGUGCUUUCCCCAGGAGCGGAGAUAAGAAUUUUUAUAAGGCCAUCAGCAUCAGCAAAGCCAUAAAUACGCAAGAAGCACCGGUGAAGGAGAAACAUGCCCGCCGGAUCAUCCUGGGGACGCACCACGAGAAGGGAGCCUUCACCUUCUGGUCCUACGCCAUCGGGCUGCCCCUGCCCAGCAGCGCCAUCCUCAGCUGGAAGUUCUGCCACGUCCUGCACAAGGUCCUGCGCGAUGGCCACCCCAACGUCCUCCAGGACUGCCAGAGGUACCGCAGCAAUAUCCGAGAGACAGGGGACUUGUGGGGUCAUUUGCAUGACAGGUAUGGGCAGCUGGUGAGCAUCUACACGCGCCUCCUCCUCACCAAGAUCUCCUUCCACGCCAAGCAUCCCGAGUUCCCCCCAGGCCUCGAAGUGUCGGAUGAGGUGCUGGAAAAGACGGCGGGGACGGACGUGAACAACAUUUUCCAGCUGACGGUUGAGCUGUUCGACUACCUGGACUGUGAGCUGAAGCUGUCGGAGUCAGUUUUCAGGCAGCUCAACACCUCCAUGGCGGUCUCGCAGAUGUCGGCGGUGCAGUGCCGCCUGGCUCCCCUCAUCCAGGUCAUCCAGGACUGCAGCCACCUCUACCACUAUGCCGUCAAGUUAAUGUUCAAGCUGCAUGCCUGUCUACCGGCCGACACACUGCAGGGCCACCGAGACCGUUUCAACGAGCAGUUUCGCAGCCUCAAAAACUUCUUUAAGAAAGCAUCUGACAUGCUGUAUUUCAAGCGGCUCAUCCAGAUCCCCAGGCUGCCGGAGAGCCCUCCGAACUUCUUGCGGGCAUCGGCGCUGGCCGAGCACGUCAAACCGGUGGUUGUCAUCCCAGAAGAAGCCCCUGAGGAUGAGGAGCCGGAGAACCUCAUUGAGAUCAGCACGACUUCCACCACGGAGCCGCAGAUCACCUCGGAUAUAUUUGAGCAAACGUUCGGGCCGCCCAACGGCAUUCGGGAUGACAGGGACGCACAGAUCGAGAGCCUGAAGAAGGAGGUGGACAUGCUCCGGGCAGAGAUGGAGAAGAUUAAACUGGAGGCGCAGCGCUACAUCACGCAGCUCAAGGCGCAGGUGAACAGCCUGGAGGGCGAAGUGGAGGAGCAGCGCAAGCAGAAGCAGAAGGCGCUGGUGGACAACGAGCAGCUGCGGGAUGAGCUGGAGAGGCUGCAGAGGGUGAAGCAGGACAGCGACAGGUCCCAGCGGCUCUGCGCUGAAGCAGAAAAGAAAGCCAAUGCCACCGAGAUCCGGUACACAAAGCUGAAGGAGAAGCACAGUGAGCUCAUCAACACGCACGCCGAGCUCCUGAGGAAGAACGCCGACACUGCCAAGCAGCUGACGGUCACGCAGCAGAGCCAGGAGGAGGUGGCGCGCGUCAAGGAGCAGUUGGCGUUUCAGGUGGAGCAGGUCAAGCGGGAGGCCGAGAUGAAGCUGGAGGACCAGAGCGUGCAGAUGGAGCAGCUGCGGCAGGAGCUGGAUGCCCGGCGGGACGAGCUGGACCAGGCGCAGCGCUCGCUCAGCCACGCCAAGCAGGCAGGAGCAGAGCUCAGUGCCCAGGUGGAGGCCCUGCACGCUGAGAAGGAGGUGCUGAGGCGGUCGGUGAGUGAGAAGGAGUGCGAGCUGCUCUCCACGCGUGGCCUCAUCGAGGAGAAGGAGCUGCAGCUGAGCCAGGAGGCAGACAAGGCCACGAGGGAAAUCCGCGAGCUGCAGGGGAGGCUCCUGGAGAAGAGCAACCAGGAGCAGAGCCUGCAGCAGAAGCUUCUGGAUGAGCAGUUUGGCAUCCUGCAGGAGACAGUGCGGGAGGCGGAGGACAUCCUCCGUGAUGCGGUGGCCAAGCUGGACGACCCGUUGCACGUCCGCUGCACCAGCUCCCCAGAUUACCUGCUCAGCCGGGCACAGGCAGCGCUGGAGUCCACGGAUGCCCUGGAGAAUGGACACACGCAGUACAUGGCCUCCAUGGCAGAUGCUGCGGGGCUGGUGGGGGCUCUGGCCCUCUUCGCACACUUGACGGCGGACACCAUCGUGAAUGGCAGUGCCACAUCUCACCUGGCUCCCACCGACCAUGCUGACCGGCUGACGGAGACAUGCCGGGACUGCGGGCAGCGGAGCCUGGACUACCUGGGCUUGCUGAAGGACAAGCAGACACUGGGGCAUGCCGAGCUGGGGGACGUGCGGCGGGCGCUGCAGGGGGUCCUGCAGCUGGCCCAGGAGCUGAGGCCCAAGAGCUUAGACAUCAAGCAAGAAGAGCUGGGGGACAUGGUUGAGAAGGAGAUGGCCUCCACCUCAGAGGCAAUUGAGGAUGCUGUCAGGCGGAUAGAGGAGAUGAUGAGCCAGGCCAGAAACGAGAGCUCCGGUGUUAAGCUUGAAGUGAGCGAACGGAUUCUGAACUCCUGCACGGACCUAAUGAAGGCUAUUAGACUUCUUGUAAUGACAUCCACAAACCUACAGAAGGAGAUAGUAGAAAGUGGCCGGGGGGCAGCAACAACUCAGGAGUUUUAUGCCAAGAACUCGCGCUGGACCGAAGGGCUGAUCUCUGCCUCCAAGGCGGUGGGCUGGGGAGCCACGCAGCUCGUAGAGUCAGCAGACAGAGUUGUCCUGCAUACGGGCAAGUACGAAGAACUGAUCGUCUGUUCCCAUGAAAUCGCCGCCAGCACAGCCCAGCUCGUGGCUGCCUCCAAGGUGAAAGCCGAGAAGAGCAGCAGGAACCUGGGCCGGCUCCAGGAGUGCUCACGCAACGUCAACGAGAUGGCGGCCAACGUGGUGGCUUCCACCAAGUCGGGGCAAGAACAGAUUGAGGAGAAAGACACCAUGGACUUUUCGGGCAUGUCCCUCAUCAAGCUGAAAAAGGAAGAGAUGGAAACACAGGUGAAGGUGCUGGAGCUGGAGAAGCGUCUGGAGGGCGAGCGGGUGCGCCUGGGCGAGCUGAGGAAGCAGCACUACGCCCUGGCCGGGGCGGCCUACGACGCGGCGGAGGACGGGGAGGCGAAGCCGGCACCGGCCCCCAGGAGAGGCAUCCUCAAGAAGCCCCCCCUGGCCCAGAAGCCCGGCCAUGGGGAGCCCCAGCGAGACGCCGGCCCUCACCCGCCUCACGGGGCAAACUUCUAG